AUGUCGACUCACUCGAAAACCUCCAAUCCAGACGUCGAGGGCGUUAGGGACGCUCGUUCCAUCGACGAGGAUGAACUUCAAUUGCAACUUCAUCGUACAUGGAACAUCGUCGAGAGCUUUGCUGCAAGUUUCUGCGCGCUCAACUUCAUCGGUGGUGUCCGAACUGGCCUCUUCCUGGGCUUGCUCGCUGGCGGUCCAGCUGCCAUAUGGUCUUCGUACAUUGUUACCAUCUUCUUCAUGAUGAUCACAGCCUUCAUUUUGGCCGAAAUCUGCUCUGCCCUUCCUUUGAGCGGCUCCAUUUACAUCUGGGCAGCUGAAAGCGCCGGUCCAAAGUACGCUCGCUUCGUUGGCUUCAUCGUCGCCUUCUGGUCAUCGACGGCUUGGAUGACAUUCGCUGCUGGAAAUUGCCAGACGACUGCCAACUAUAUCCUGUCGCAACUCUCGGUAUGGGAGGUCGACUUUCCCGGUGGCGUCACGUCCGACAACAUCAAGUUCCGUGCUCUCACUUGGGCAUGCGCUGAAAUCAUCCUGAUCAUUGCCAUUGCCAUCAACUACCUGCCUCCUCGCCUCUACUCGAUGAUCUUCCGGGUUUCGAUGGGUCUCAUGCUUGUCGACUUCCUGUUGGUCGUCAUCUGGUUGCCCAUUGGUGUUUCCAACACCUAUGGAUUCCGGUCCGCGAAGGAUGUCUUCACCAUGACAUACAAUGGAACCGGCGCACCUGCAGGGUGGAAUUGGAUUCUUUCUUUCCUCUUCACUGCUGGUUGCAUGACGGGCUUCGACGCCUCUGGUCACAUUGCGGAAGAGACGAAGAAUGCUCGAGUCGUGGCUGGAAAGGGUAUCAUCAGUAGCGCUCUCGCAACUGGCCUUUGCGGUUUCGUCCUCACCAUCCUCCUGCUGUUCUGCACUCCCGACUUGGACGUCUUGUUCUCCCUCAAUGCUCCACAGCCAUUCGUCCAACUCUACGCCAUGGCGCUCGGAAAGAAGGGAAGCGCGUUCAUGACCGCCCUCGCCGCAUUCGGUCUCAUCUUGAAUACCAGUGUUGCCGUCGUUGCAGCAUCCCGCCUUGUCUUCGCUGUCGCCCGUGACGGUAUCCUCCCAGGCUCGAAAUGGGUCGGUGCAGUCGAUUCUCAAGGCCAACCCAAGAACGCCGUCACCGUCAUCUACAUCUUCGGUGCCAUCGUCCUCUGCACCAUCCUGCCCAGCGAAGUCGCCUUCUAUUCCCUCAUCUCGGCUGGAGGUGUCCCCACCAUCGCAGCAUACGGCCUGAUCGCCCUCCUCCGACUCACGAUGACGCCCGACGCUUUCAAGGGAUCCUACUUCUACCUCAAGGGUUUCAGGAAGCCAUUUUAUGCCGUCGCUGUUGUCUGGAAUGGUCUCAUCGUCUGCGUCAUGUUGUCGCCUUUCUUCUUCCCCGUCACCGCAGAAGUCUUCAAUUUUGCUUGUGUCAUCUUCGGUACCUCGACCAUUCUCGGUAUCACCGCCUGGUACUUCACCCCCGAAGACAAGUGGCUCAGCCGGGAACAGGUCCUCGAAAUCUUCGAGACCGCCAACGCUGUUGAUAGCAACAGUUCCGUUUCAUCUUAA